AUGCCAAGGCUUGAGCUCUCACCUACGCGUCGACGUAAUAAUGGGACCUUCAAUAUCCGUAAUAUCGAUUGGAAUGCUUUAAUCCAUCGGGCGAGAGGGAUGCCAAGGGAGAUGGUUCAUAGGUAUCAUAAGCUAGGGAGGAAGGGGAAGGCAACGAUAUGGUUUAUCACCUUCAUGCACUUUUUGAUGCUAGCUCUGGUGAUCAUCAUCACACCUACGAGGAUCGGGUUGUUCUUCAACAAUCUGGGAUUGAAGCUGAGAGAGAUGGGCUGGAAAGGCAUGGUCCUAUGUGGUCUGUUCUGCAUCCUCAGCUCCCACCCACCAUUAUUCGGAUUCAUGGGAUCAUUAACGUUGAUUGGAUUCACGUACGGUAUGAUGCCUGGAGCAAUCAUUGCAUUCGUAGCUUCAAUGAUGGGGUCUAUCAUCUCUUUCUUAUCUGUCAGAACAUUCUUCCUUGGUUAUCUCGGCAAGAACGAAAAAUGGGAAGCGUUCGGCAAUGUGAUGCGAGCAAAGGGAUUACCAUUGGUGAUUAUGAUCAGGUAUUGUCCUAUACCUUGGGCUAUAGGUAAUGGAUUGUUUGCGUCUAUUGAUAGUGUCAAAUUAUGGCAUUUCGCGUUGGCCAAUCUUCUUAUCCAACCACGUCUUAUGAUCCCAGUAUUUAUCGGUUCCCGUCUCACCUCCCUCACAUCCGAAACCAAAGACCCCUUGCAAUUCUGGUUGAACCUCCUCUCCAUCGGCUUGUCAUCGACUAUAUCAGUCGUGACGGGUAUAGUCAUCUAUCGAUUGACCUUGGAACAGAUGCGUAAGCUGAGAUCGACGGGUGAUGGUGAAUUGGCGGCGGAAUAUAUAGAGGAAGAUGCCCUCUUGGGAGAAUUGAGUGGUGGCUCGGAUGAUGAGGCCGAGAUGCUGACUAGACCAUCAAGUGAAAGGCGCACAAGUAGGGACAGGCUGAAAGUGGAUGAUUUGGAAAGAGGAGAAGGUGGAAAUGGGAGGCGAAGGAAGAGUGGGAGUGAAACUCCCGAAGAUAGGGGUUUAGUGUAG